AGAUCUAGGCCUAUACGAGUAAAAUUAUCAGAUCAUAAUUCUUUUAAGCUUAUUUUUCGUAAUAUGCGGAAUUUGAAAUCCCAUAAUGAAUUUAAGAACAUCUCUGUCUCGAAUGAUCGUACUCCUUUCCAGGUUGAUCUUUAUAGGAGGGCGAGGACUGAAUUAAAAACAAGAACUGAGUCUGGCGAAAAGGAUUUGAUACUAAAGUACAUCCGUGGCAUUCCCUCAAUUGUCAAGGCUUCGGAAAACUGAUUUUGCCCAACAAAAUGUGUCAAUCUGUUAAUGUAUACUAUCAAAAUGUUAAUGGUCUUCGUACAAAAACGCGUGAAUUUUAUGUUAAUUGUUCUGAUUGUACCUAUGAUUUGAUUGCUCUAUCGGAAACUAAUUUAAAUUCGGAUCUUGGAUCUAAUGAAUUAUUCGUGGAUAAGUACAGAGUCUUACGAGCUGAUCGUAAGUUUGAUUUGGUUGGACAUAACAGAGGUGGUGGAGUUCUGCUUGCUGUAGCUAGUCAUCAUGAUGUUGAGCUGGUUGAUUCUAUAGACAUUCAGGCUUUAGUACCACUUGUCGAUGUGUUGAUUUGCAAGUGCUCUUUAUGGUCUGUGACCUUAUAUAUCGUGGUGUUGUACAUACCUCCUGAUAAUCCGCAACCUGAUUUACUAUGUUUCUUGGACGCCCUAGAACAUAAAGUUUUGAAUUAUCCUGUCCUUAUCCUUGGUGAUUUUAAUUUGCCUGAAUAUAUUAAGGCGCCUGGUAUGUCAACCAAAUGUGGAAAAACGGAGUUAUUUCGUAACUUUUGUGAUUUUCUGGACCUUCGCCAACUCAAUCAUGUACUGAACUGUGACAAUCGUCUAUUGGAUUUGGUUCUGACAAAUACUGACCAUCAGUUUGAUCUUGUUCAUGAUGAUUGUCCCUUCGUCUACGAGGAUCAGUACCAUCCUGCCUUAGAUAUUACAAUGAAUUUACUGACGGCAAAUGAUGGUUUGCCGAACUUUCCGUCUUUGGGUGGUCGAUAUAAUUUUCGAAGAGCCAACUUUCCUGGCAUGUAUGAUAAACUACUUUACACGGAUUGGUCUUUUCUAAAUGUGGAGGUUAAUGCGGAUGAUGCUUUGCGAGCUUUUUAUAAAAAGUUGUAUGAGAUUUUGGAUUUAUUUGUUCCUAAGAGAUUGAGUCGGGGAUCCUCAUACCCUAUUUGGUACACCCCAGAAAUUAAGCGGCUAUUAAAGUUGAAAGAGUAUUAUAGGAGGAAGUGGAGGAGAAGCAAUAGUGCUUUCUAUUCAGCGGAAUAUAAAAGACUGAGAUGUUUGACUAAACAGAAAAUCUCUGAUGCGUAUACUUCCUUUACUAUUAGUGCUGAACAAUCGCUUAGUUCUGAUCCCCGUAACUUUUGGAAUUAUAUAAGACAGAAAACAACGACCUCUCGACUUCCUGGAAAAAUGAUGCGUGAUAAGUCCACCUACACUGAUCCUGAAAAAAUAGUUAAUGCUUUUGCAGAUCAAUUCUCUGGAGUAUAUUCUGGUGUCUCUGCUUAUAACAUGGUUGAUAACAGAUUAUUUACAAGAUGAUUUAUCCACAGGUUCAGUCAUUUGUGUCACCAUAUCAGCAUGGGUUUAUCAAGCGUCGUUCG